AUGGACGGCCUUAUCCAACUGGUGCAGGCCAGAUACACGACGGUGUAUAUCCAGGUGCCUAGGGGGGGCACCACGCCACCACUCGUGGAGGAGCCGCCAUCUCCGCCCCGCCCACCGGGCAGCCCGAAGUCCGGCGCGCGGAGAUGUACAGAGGAUGGAGCCCCGUCAAGGUGGGCGACGCCGACGCCGUGGACGGCGAGCGAAGAUGAGGAGUUUCCACCAGAAAUGGACAGCAGUUCCCCGUCACGGGGGUGGGAAGGCGGCAGGGAGCAUUGUCCCUCCGUCGAGGACCCCACCCCGGAGACCGCGGCGCGGGACGAAGUGGAGGAAGGGCACAGUGAGGUGUCCAUAAGUUUCGGCGAAGAGUUCGAGGCCGAGGAGGCGAGUCCCGAGGAAGGCGGCGUUGCAAGCCCCAUUCCUCGAAGGCUAGAUGAUGGAUCCCCGUCACGGGGGUGGGAAGGCGGCAGGGAGCAUUGUCCCUCCGUCGAGGACCCCAUCCCGGAGACCGCGGCGCGGGACGGAGCGGAAGCAGAGCAGCUGAGCGUCCGAGUGGAAGAUGCGAAUCCCGAGGAGGACACCGCCACAGAUCCUGUUCCCCAACGCCGAACUGACGACGACGUUGAGAGGGACCAGCCGCCGGAACCAGCCGCCAGGGUCACGUUGCGAUAUACGCCGGGCACGGUCGAAAACCGGCGCCUGUCAUGCUCGUCGCAGUCCAGCGCAGAGCGCCCGACAGAUCAAGGCCAGGCGUCCAGGCGCAAGCGUCGUCGGCGACGACGAAGAGGACGACCAGUGCCCGCGCGCGAACCGGACACCCGCGCCCCGGCCAGUCGAAGAAAUCUAACGGACGGCGCCGAGGGCCCAUCCGCGCGUCGGCAGCGCAGAGAGCGCAGCCAGGUUGGGAGCGGCCGAAAACGCGACCAACGUCGAGACGAGUCGACGGAGGAGGAGAGGCGUCUAUUGGCAGACAUGGCGGAGCUGUUGGACGGAUGGGAGGUGAGCCUUGAGGACGCGCUGGACGCAGAGGACGUGGAAGCGUUGAGGAUGUUGCCGCUGAUCCCCGUCAACUGGAGGAUACGCCCUGCUGGCGUCGAGCUGAGCGAGGGAGGUAAUCCAACUCCUGAGGCGGGAGGUGGAAACACGUAG